GUGGGACUAGGCGGGCUGCGCGCGCAGAAGGCGAAGUUGGGGGCGUUCAAGAUGGCUGCGGCCCUGCUCCCGGCCGUGCUGCGGCGCUGGAGGGUCGGCGUCCAGGCGGGCUGCGCGCUCCGGCGGCUGAGCCAGACCCAAGGGCCUCCCAGUUAUCCCAGCUUCGUGGAGUGUGUGGAUGAAUACCAGUUUGUGGAACGCCUGUUACCCCCCACCCGCGUUCCAGACCCCCCGAAGCAUGAACAUUAUCCUACUCCAAGUGGCUGGCAGCCCCCCAGAGACCCUCCACCCAACCUGCCUUACUUUGUGCGGCGCUCUCGGAUGCACAACCUCCCCGUCUAUACCGACAUCACCCACGGCAACCGUCAGAUGACUGUGAUCCGGAAGGUGGAGGGAGACAUCUGGGCCCUGCAGAAGGAUGUGGAAGACUUUCUGAGCCCACUGCUGGGGAAGCCCCCGAUCACCCAGGUCAAUGAGGUGACAGGCACCCUGCGGAUCAAGGGCUACUUUGACCAGCAGCUAAAAGCCUGGCUCUUAGAGAAGGGCUUCUGAGGCCUGGCCGAGCAGCCUACACAACAGCAUCCCCCACAGACCGGAGUCCAGGGGACCUCAGGAGGGAGGCGGUGUUGAGGCAACUAGGAUUGGGGUACGGACUAGGGUGAGGGCUGAAGGGCUCUGGAGCAGACUGCUUGCCUACAGGGGGAAACAGGACCGUCUGCACAGAUGCCAGCACUGAGGCAGGGCUGUCUUAACAUGGAGACCCACUACGAACAGCUGAGGUAGUGGGGGCAUUAGUUGCUGUCCCCCUGCCCCUGAUUUUGGUCUAUUCUUGCUUUUUCUUCAUUGGAGCUUCUUGGGUCAGUUAUUCAAAUUCUGGAGGCUGUUGGCUGCCCCUCUGGUGUUUAGGGGAGGGUAGCACAGGACAGAAGCACUGGGGACCUGCCUUCCUUGGUCUUAGACUUACUGCUGCACACAUUCCAAGCUCUUCCUCCAGCCAGACCUGGCUUGUGGAGGCUGCGGAGAACACAGAUGACGGACAUGGGUCCUGGGAGCCUUCCGUUACGUGUGCAGCGCUGGCACAGUGCCCUUGUCAGCCGGAGCUCAUCUUUCCUUCCCAGGGAGAGGCCGAGGCACAUUACGCCUGAUUGGGUUUCCAGCUGCAGUAAUUAGUGCUUCGCUGCAGCUGAUUUGCCCACAAGGGGUGCUUGGGAGCUCCUAGCAGCCCAGCAGGUGGCAUGCUUCCCAGCUUGAUGACCUGGUAUCAAGGCUGGACCGGGGGUUUGCAGGCAUGAGGACGCUGGCCUUUUGCCCCUGCCAUCGCCAUCCAAUGAACCUUCACACUUGUAAUGAGGGCGGAAAACCCACCCCACCCCAGAAUCAGACUUAAGUCAGGGUUCAGUGCUUAGCUUUCUCUGGACUAAGGCAGGGCACUUCACCUUUUGGAGCUGUUUUAUAUAAUGUGGGUAUAUCUUCCUAAUCGUUUAAUAACAAUGCGCCAAGGACAGUGCUGGGUUGUCUAAAUAAACCCUCAUCCCUGAAGAUUCCGGGCCACUCUCGUCUACAGCCUGAGCAAGAAAAUGGAGCCCAGCUCACUGAUACUGACACCGGAUCUACCAAUUGUUAAUGCAAGCUUUUAUUUGGCUGUAUAUACAAUUCAAGCUAUUAAAAUUUGUACAAUAUUUACAAAUUAAAUAAUCAUCUGAAA